GGUGAAAACCACAUAUACGGUGGUUGCUUAUUGGCAGCACGUGAGUGGUACCGCGUUACAGCUGGAGAAGAGGGCGAGAUAACUGACAUGACAGCUUUCGAUCAUGCUUUUUUUGACAAAUUCAAAUACACUGGACCAUGCCACGCGCACGCCGCGUGCCAGCGAUGGGCUAACAAGGCGAACGGAUGUGGAUCGAAGUGCCCAAAGGCGACGUACUCCUGGGAGGCUACGCGGAACAAGGAGAAGAAGGAGCUCGAAGAGCUUGCUAAGCAGAGGGAGCGGGAUCGGAUUGAGGAGCUCGAGCAGAUUGCUAGGCAAGAAGAGCGGGCUCGGAAGAUAGAGCUGUUGAAGCGCAAAGGAGAGGAGCUCGAGUCCCAGAAGCGCAAAGUCGCUAGAUACGAAGCCAACGUCCGGAAAGAGCACGACGAGCUUGAGUCCCAUAAACGCAAAGUCGCCGAACACGAGGCCACCGUCCGAAAAGAGAACGAAGAGCUGGAGGCUUGCAAGCGCGAGUUUGACAAAUGCGACGAGAAUGUCAGAAAGGAGCUCAUGGUCCUCGAAGUAGAGAGAAAGGCCAUCAAGGAGCGAGAGGAAGAAUUGAAACGAAUGAGAGAAGAACUCCACCAGAUGAAGUAGCUCUGAACCGUACAGCUUCCUUGUACAUACCUAGGAUAGUAUAGGGCUAGGAGAAUAAUGUGUAAUCAUUCAAUUUCCAAUCUGCG